AUGGAAAACGACGCACUUGUGCUCGUUUGGCAGGUGGUCAACGAGCUGAGCGAACAGUUGGCUCACAACCAGAAGCUUACGGCCGCAUUGCAGUCUCAAGCUGGGGUAUUAAAGGCGACAACCCAAGCCACUGCUGGGUUCGCAUUGCGUCGCGUCAAUGCAGAUAUUUCCAAAGAGCUUUUUGAAUCAGAAUUGGAGAGGUUAAAUGCCCAAAUUAUAAUCGAAAACCAAACAUUACUGCACGAAAAUAAACAACUCAGCCUUCUGCUAAAAGAAUAUGAGGGCACAAUGGACACCAUUAUGUCCAAAUUCCGGAAUCAUGCUCUUGCCGCCCAACAGCAUGAGCUAACUCUGACACGACAUUACGAAACUCUGCUCGCUGCUCAUGACUCUCAAAAUGCUUCAUCUAGAUUUGUCCUCAGUCCCAACAUCACGCAAUCGCUGCACCGCCUAUCCCUUUACCUUCGCGGUCUACUCAAAACUAUGGCUGGAGAAAACUACGACCCGUUUCAGAAUCCUGAUCCGGAUUAUGAUGGUGCAAGUAUAAAUGGUGUGGAUUUGCAAGAGCUAAGUAACCUUUUGGAGGCCCUGGACGAACGUGGUACAGGUGGUUACCCGGGAAUAGAGGGACGUCAAGACUGGGCUCUUGAACGGGAAUGUGAAAUAUCAAGAUUAGAAAGAGAAAACGAAGAGCUACGACGGAUGCUAGGAAUAGACGAGGCCAGUAUGACCUCUCGCGGCCUAACUGUGGAUGCGGAUAGAAUAGAGAGCGGGCGCAACUCAACAUAUCUCGCCAACUCUCGGCGGCAACCUCCAAAUAUGGACCAAUUUUCUGCCAAUAGACCAAUAUACUGGGAUGCAAACGGUCAGCAAAUCGGUAAUCUGCAAAGGGCCAUGGAAAUACAACCAGGGAUGCGAGCGGGCCAGCAAGCGAGGAGAACGGCUAUCUUUGGUGGUGCACAACAAAGAGGUGGGUUUAUAGGUGGCGUUGGGAGAGGUAUGGGUGCUGGUGUUGGCGGGGGACCCGUCAACAUGCCGAUGUGGAAUCAACCUUCAACCCCAGUGGCAGGAGUUCCUUCUGAUCGACAGUGGCAUUUGCAAGGCGGAUCAUCUGGCCUGGACUUGAAUCGAUAG